AUGUGGAAGCUGAGUGUGAAACAAUUGACACCAGAAAAUGUUGAGGAAUUCAAAAGGGAUAACAAAGGUUGGAGAACUGUAAAGCCCCUCUUUGAGUCUCCAACAAACGGGUGGGAAACAGUCAAGGAGAAGAUCAUGAAGUUCUUCAUCCUCAGAGAUGUUCAGAAGCCAACAGAGAGUCAAGCAAAGUUGUCCAAAAUCCUGAAAAGCAUGCAGCACCUACUCCUACUGCAGACGAUGGGGGUUAAUCUCAAGGAGGAAAUCCAGGAGGAGGAGGAAUUCCAGGAGACCGACUGCCCCACGAGAUGUGUCUGCGACUCCUCCAAAUCGGUGCAGUGCUGUAGGGUUACAACAGUGCCCAAAGCCAUCCCAGCAGAUACCAGGAAACUGCACCUUGGACACAACAACAUCAAACAGCUGCGGGUGUCAGAUUUUGGUGGACUUUAUAGCAUUGAAGAGCUUGCAUUGUCUUCGUGUGGAAUGGAAGCAACAGAAGCACACACAUUUUCAACCCUGACACAUCUGAGGACCUUAGAACUAUGGAAGAACAAGUUGAGGCGUGUUCCCAGUAAGCUUCCCUCCAAUGUAGAAGUAUUGCAACUGGGUAAUAAUCAAAUUCAGGCAUUAAUGUGAGACUGACUUUGAAG